AUGUCUUCUACUCCCGGUCUUAAGCGCAAGUUUGCAGAAUCCCAGGAGCCUACGCUCAAGCGCCACCAUCUUCAUGGAUACGAUCCGCACUCCCCAUGGUUGCACGAGUCAGCACCCGCCGGGAUAGGACGGACACGUGGAAAUUCCGGUGUACAGUACUCGAUGCCCCUAUCAAAUAUGGUGUCUGCCGUUCAAGACUUGAUUGACCCGUACUUUGAUCCACUGACGGCGAUGCUGGGCGAUGAGCCCCGAUUUCUAAAACCCUUACCAGCUCGCAUCGCCCCAGAGGACUUGGAGUUCUUGAGAUUCCGUGGUGCACUCUCAAUUCCAGAGAGCGGGUUGCGGGAUGAGCUUCUUCGCUGCUACAUAAAAUGGGUGCACAGUUUUAUGCCUGUUCUGAACUUGCAAGAGUUCUUACGCUGUGUCGCUGAAAAUGACCCAGAGGGAAAUGUUAGCAUCUUACUCUUUCAGGCAGUCAUGUUUGUUGGUACAGCCUUUGUCGACCUCAAGCAUCUGCAGGAUGCCGGGUAUUCGACGCGGAAAAGUGCGCGUAAUGCGUUCUUUACGCGAUUAAGGUUACUCUAUUUCCUCGACUGCGAAGAGGAUCGCAUCGAGAUUCUCCAAGCAUUGCUAUUGAUGACCUACUGGGCUGAUUCGGAGAACAGUCCUCAGCGAGAUAUUUGGGAUUGGAUUGGAGUCUGUAACACGCAAGCACAUUCGAUCGGUUUAAACAAAGACCCUUCAUCGGGUGAAAUUAAUAUACGGAGCCGAAGGCUCCGUUCUCGACUCUGGUGGUGUCUGUACUCUAGGGAUCGCCUGAUCGCCAUGGGCAUGCGGCGUCCGCUUCAGGUAAACGAUGGAACAAGCAAUGUCCCGAUGCUCAAACUGGAUGAUUUUGAUUUUGAACCUUUCUCUCCUCAUGUGGUAUCAAAGUUCUAUUGCCGCCAACUCCAAGAUGUCUCUCAUCAGAAACGCCUUGCUACCAUGUUUAUUGAGAAGGUGAAGCUCUGUCAAUGUAUUGGAAGGGUUAUAUUCGCGCAAUAUACACCAUCUCAGCGCCAAUUUGGAGCUACGGACCGGACUACAGUCACACUUGUCCCUCGACAGGCUUCCGAGUCUGAGUUUGCGCGAUGCGGCCAGAAACUUGACUUGUGGCUUAGCGCGCUUCCUAAAGAUGCACAAUUCAUCCCGAAGUCUGGGAAGAAUUUCCAUGAUGGCGAGGAUGUGCUACUACUUCAUGGUGCGAUGCUACGUAUGCUCUACCAUGCUACUAGUAGCGCCCUUCACCGGCCUUGGGCGAGUACCUCAAAAGGGACGGGCUGGCGCAAUGCUGCCCGUAUUAAAAUGAACGAUGCUGCUGCGGGUAUCACACAUAUUAUUAAAGGCUUAAACCACCUUAACCUCACAAGGUUCCUACCACAGUCUGGGGUGACUGUCAUUCUACCUGCCGCGGUGGCGCAUUUAACCAACACCAUGUCUGACGACCCCGCUGUCCGCGAAAGCAGUGUCGACAAUUUCCAUCGUUGUAUCCAAGUCCUCCACUGUCUUAAGGACAUCUAUCCAGCCGCCGGGCAAGAAUUUGCCAACAUUGAGGCCGCCAUUAAAAUGCAGGCAGGUGCCUCCAGUACAUUUUUCCAAGUCAUGGAAUACAACCUCGACGCUCCUGCCACAUCUUUGGCGACUAGGAAAUUGAGCAAUGCCAACUCUAUAUCGCACACCCAACCACAUUCACUUGUCAGUGUAACUGAGGCUCCCAAGCGGUCAACACGGACUACGUCUACGCAAGAUCAUAUAAUGCAUCAAACAAAUUUCAGCAUGGGAACCACAUUUGAACCUGCGCAACCUACAUUGCCCAUUGAUUUCGACCAUUAUUCCGACCUCAGCAUUAUAGACAACAACUUUUUCAAUUAUCUCUCCAUCGACAUCGACUCCUUUUCAGACAUCCAAACUCCCAAUCCAAUGAAGUCCCACAACCCAGAUAAACCUUAUUUAUCACCACCACCCCAAGACCAAGACACCAUUGACUGGGCACAAGAGCUAUUCCAAGAAACCGAUUUGAACCAGUAUAGCAACACAGAAGCCUUUCGCAACCCCGAAAAGACAACUCCUCCACUAGAUCGGGAUCCAAACUAUGACCCUUCAUUCUAUUUUACUUUGAGGGACACAGAUAACUUUGGCUCCGUUCAUUCCCGUCAUCAGUCAAUGAACGACGCAAGGUCCGAAAUAACUGGCGAUCUGGAUCGAGACUUGGGGUUCCAGUCUGAUGAUGACAUGUUCUAG